CAUGGCGCGAGCCUAUCGUGUAUCUAUACUAUACCGUAGACAUAGUGGUUUUUGGCUCUUUUUAGCUCUCAUUGUUAAUUCUUUAUUACGAAAGAAUGAAUAUUUAAAUUCUGAGUAUGUGUUGAUAUGGAGAUUAGAAAUUCGACGUUUUUGACGAGGUAAUAAUUUCGUCACUGUGAAUUAUGAACCAUCUUUAUUUUUUACAUUUGAAACUGUGAUUUUCUAAAGUUGGUAUACUUCUGAAAUUUAUACUUUUGAAGGUUUGCCUGCAAGCCGUUGUUAUAUCUUCUGUAGAAAUAUUAAAAAAACAGUAAUAAAAAUACGUUAAAUAGAAAUUAUUAAUAAACAGAAAAAUAUAGUUUGAAAAAAAAAAAAACAAAGGAUUUUCGAAAAUAAAUUACAGAUUUAUAUUUCAAAUUUCAAAUUUAAAAUCAAAAAUAGUAAAAUUACAGGUAAAAAUUAAAUUAUGGUUAUGAGCUUUCUAUAAUUAAAUUUUAUAGAAUUAUGGAAUAAAUGAUAAUAUUUUGCGCCACAAUACUAUAAAUAUGUGUGAUGAUAACUACAAUAGUAAAAUAUAUUUAAAUAAUAUGGAAGUAGGUGUUGACCAAACAAGAAUUGGAGUGAUACAUAAUUCUGGAAAUUUAUCAUCGUACGAUGAAGUGAAUUGGCUAGUUAAUGAUUAUUUAAAUCAUGUGGUAGGAAAUAUUGGAAAAAUUUCGAAUAAUAGUACUUCUGAUUUGAAAUCUCCAAGUUUAAUUACUCAUGAUAAACAUUGUUUUACUCCGCCUCCUUGGGAUGCUGAUGCUGUUUUACAAGUGCUUGGACAAAAUUCAGGAUCUGACAAUACUAAUACUGAUGAUAGAAUCAAAUUAAUUGAUAAUCAAGAGAAAUCAGCUCCUGAAAUUUAUGAUAAUGAUCUAAUAAAAAGACAUGAAACUGUAAAUUAUUCUAUGAUCAUUGAUGAUGAAAAUACCAAUAAUAAUUAUUUUCAGUUACCAUCAAAUAUGCCAGUAGCAUUGACAGAUCAAAUAUAUACUAUUCAGACAUCACAAAAAUUGCCAGAUUUAUACAGUGGAAUUAAUCAAAAUUUAUGUCAAGGACAACAAAUUGUAGAUUUUUCGAGUUCCAUGAAUCAAAUUGGACAAUUAAUUUCUGCAGCUCCUUAUUUAGUUCCAAAUGUUUGCUUUCCAAUAAGUCAUUUUGUAUUUAUUCCAUGUUUUUAUUUUUUAAUGCCUAUUAAUGGCAUUAUGACUCCACAAGCUUCUAUAUUAAACAACACAAUAUUGAAACCCGAAGAUAGUAAUGGUAACACAGAAACCACAGAGAAUAAAUCUAUUAAAGCAAGUGAUGAAAAUCUAACUGAUCAAACUACCACGAAGUUUAUUACUAACGAAAUGCAGCCGAUAGUUUUGAUUGAAAAAAUUGAUUCGAAAUCAUUGCUGGAUAAUGCACAUUCUAUUUCUUCUUAUGUUAGUAAGAAAAAAAAUAAAUCGUCAUUAGCUAAAACAUUAUCUUCACGAAAACCAAUUUCUAACAAUAUUUCUUUAAUACAUAAACAUUCUCUAGAUAUUUGUAAGAAAUCAUACAUAUGCAAAUAUUGUAGCCAUGCAGUUAAAACAUUAUCACAACUAACUAUUCAUACUAGAAUGCAUACUGGGGAAAAACCAUUCAAGUGUUAUGAAUGUUCCUUCGCAACUGCUUACUCAAGCAGCCUGUCAAAUCACAUUCGUAGACACACUGGUGAAAAACGGUUCGAAUGCCGUGAUUGUCAAUCAAGAUUUGUUACUUCAUCUAGUUUAAAGAAUCACAGGCGUAAUAAAAAUUCAUGUUUUUCUGAAAAAACACGUAAUCGGUAAUCUAAUUCAUAAUACUCUUAAACAAUAUAGUAUAAUAUAUUUUGUUGAAUAAUUUAAUGAUUUAAUCAAAAAAUUUCAUUUAAGUAAAACUUAAUUUAUUCUCAUCUGAGAUUUUAAUAUUAAUUUUAAAUGGUACCAAUUUUAUUGUAAUUUA